UGACGAUGCUGCAGCGCUGCUCCGUGUCUUGACGAUUGUAUAGCUCACAAACAGCUGAUGUUGCAUACAAGUUGUCACUGGUCCCUCGCUGGGUGAAGUUCUCACUGUAGCAUACCCUCCGAAAGAUGUUGGUGCGGAGGACCCUGGUGAAGACAAGGGGACUUUCAUUCCAGGAGCCAAACGGUUGCUGUUGAUCUAGUGUGGGAAAGGCGCAGGAUGUCCAACAACAUGGCCAAGAUUGCAGAUGCUCGAAAGACUGUAGAACAACUGAAGCUGGAGGUCAACAUAGAGAGGAUGAUGGUAUCCAAAGCAGCAGCUGAUCUGAUGGCUUACUGUGAAACUCACGCCAAAGAGGACCCUCUAGUAACACCGGUUCCUUCUUCUGAGAACCCGUUUCGAGAGAAGAAAUUAUUCUGUGUAAUAUUAUAACCCAGCGUGAAUUCAAAGACAAACACAAUAAGAAAAGCUUUUUGUUUGUUUGUUUUUUACAGCAUUCAGUUUUGUAAUUAAAGUCGCUCCUGAGGAAUGAUUUUGAAUCAUUUGAACAUGAUAAUGACGGCAAUAAAGAGCUGUUGAAAAUGAGUGCAAAGUUCAUUUAAAGUACUGCUGCCUCUCCCUGUGCACACAGUUUGUAUCUGAGCUUAUACAUUAACUAAAUUGCAGAACUAGUAAGUAAUAGUGCUCACCAAAUGUCUUUUGCACUCUUAACUUUUAAAAUAGUUGUACCAAAUCUUUGUUUAGAUUUUGGCAUUAGUGUUUUGGAAGGACUAAUUUCAUGGCAUG